AAACUGGAGAAAAGAGGAGAAGAACAAUGUUGCUGGUGUUACUUUUCUGAAACGACCAUUGUCGCUCAGGCUCUGAGUUGGAAGUGGACACAUCAAGCCAGGAGUCCUCCCUGACAGUAGGGGGCAGCAGCAGGCAUGCAGGACUCCACCUCUGACAGCAAGAUGGCUAAACAGGAACAAAACUCCAAGCAUUUGGAUGAACACAGAGAAACAGAGGACAUGUCUGAGAAGACCUCCCCCAACAAGACCCUCAAAUCUCCUCAGAAAAGCUCCAAAAGGCUUAAAACCAACCCCUUUAAAGUGGCGCUGCUGGAUUCCACAGAGUAUGAGGGAGAAAUUGAGAGGAACUCUAAAGGACAGACUCUGAUGGACGUGGUGUGUGAGCACCUCAACCUGCUGGAGAAGGACUAUUUUGGCCUGACCUUUGCCGACACAGACAGCCAGAAGAACUGGCUGGAUCCCUCCAAAGAGAUCAAGAAGCAGAUGCGCAACUCUUUGUGGCAGUUUGUGUUUGCUGUCAAGUUCUACCCUCCAGACCCCUCCCAGCUCACAGAGGAUAUCACCAGAUACUACCUAUGUUUGCAGCUGAGAGAUGAUAUCCUGUCAGGUCGGCUGCCAUGCUCGUUUGUCACUCAUGCACUUCUGGGCUCUUACACCAUUCAAGCUGAGCUGGGUGACUAUGACCAGGAUGACCACGGUUCAGAUUACGUCAGCGAUUUCCGCUUCGCUCCGAAUCAAACUCGCGAACUGGAGGAGAGGGUGAUGGAGCUCCAUCGAAGCUACAAGGGAAUGACGCCAGCAGAGGCAGAAAUAAAUUUUUUGGAGAACGCAAAGAAAUUGUCUAUGUAUGGGGUGGACCUCCAUCAUGCUAAGGAUUCGGAAGGGAUUGAAAUAAUGCUCGGCGUUUGUGCAAAUGGCCUGCUGAUUUACAGAGACAGGCUAAGAAUCAACCGCUUUGCCUGGCCCAAGAUUCUCAAAAUUUCCUACAAGAGAAGCAACUUCUACAUCAAGAUAAGACCUGGGGAGUAUGAACAAUUUGAAAGCACAAUUGGCUUUAAGCUUUCCAACCACAGAGCUGCCAAGAAGUUGUGGAAGGUCUGCAUUGAGCAUCACACCUUCUUCCGCUUGGUAUCUCCAGAGCCUCCCCCUAAAGGCUUCUUGGUGAUGGGUUCAAAGUUCCGAUACAGUGGAAGGACGCAGGCUCAAACUCGACAGGCCAGCGCUCUUAUAGACCGUCCUGCACCUCGCUUUGAGCGCUCCACCAGCAAGAGGUACCUGCUGUCCAGGAGCUUAGAUGGAGGUCUCUCGGAGGACAUCAAAGACCACCUUGCUACCCAGGAAUAUCCCGGGUCUCUCCAAGCUCUGGAGGACUUGGCCACUCAAGUGGACCUUCGACUCAUGGAGAGAGAACGCCAGAGGGAGAUCAGACCCACAAGAACCACCAGGUCCUGGGCCCCCAUCCUACAUUCACCGGACCCCAUCAAACCCUUUAUUGUGGAGGUGGACGCUUCCAGCACUGGUGCCGGGGCCAUUCUCAGCCAGCGCAGCAGUGAUGGUAAGGUGCACCUGUGUGCAUUCUUUUCUAAGAGUCUCUCUGCCGCUGAACGGAAUUAUGACGUGGGGGAAUGUGAGCUGCUUGCUGUCAAGUUGGCCCUGGAGGAGUGGAGACACUGGCUAGAGGGGGCCAAAGAACCUUUCACUACCUGGAAUCAAGAAUCUGAUGCCCUGUCCCGGCUUGAGGAGGAUGAGCCCAGUCACACUCCAAUGGAGAAGGAUUUCAUCCUUCCUGAGAAGGUGCGGCUCGCCAUGACGCGACUAGAGUAA